UCUUGGUGCACGGGGAUGCAAGUGUGCUUUCGAGGAAACUGGUUGGAUGCCUUUUUUUGGGAUGACUUGCGACCGGGGCCGGGCUCCGUGGUUCAAUCAAGCUGUUGUAUGGGGCUGUGGGAAGAGAGGUGGAAGAUGCAACAUGCACAAGUUUGUUGUUGUUGUUGUUUAUUCUGGAUAUUUAACCUGCAAACUGUAGGCUGCUCGUGAGAGCGCCAAGGGCAGGGGUCGAGAUAAAUACAAAAAUAAGGUGAGAAAAUAAAGAAAUAGGUCCGAUUCGGGUGUCCUUGAUCUCUCUGAUAAGGCGUUGCCCAAAUGCUGCUCCACUUUUGAGUUGUCG